AUGCGGUAUGUGCACCAUGACACUUCAGUCUCUUUUCAACAAGCCAUUGAGAUUAAGUGCGCUAUUUGCGUACGCCUGAUCGCGGCCCUCGAGCACGGGGAUGCUGCGAAUCUAGCGAGUGCGCCUGCAGUCAAAUCCUUUGUUGCGGGACCUACGACGUACGAAAAAGCGCCUAUAGGGAGCGACGACAACUCCGCUUCAGGCGUUGUUACCUCCUCGAGUACUGGGACAGGCAGCGCGAUCGAAUUUCUCCUUGCGCAAAACGAGCAAUGUCUGAAAGAGCACCUCGAAUGUAGACUGCACAAUUCAGAGAUCAAUUUUUUUCCAACGAGAGUUGUCGAGAUUACAAACCUCUCGGCGCGUAUCUGUUUACGGGAGUGUGUCCCUGCCGGAGCACAAUUUGUCGCUCUGUCACAUUGCUGGGGCAAGUCGCGACCAUUGACCUUAACAAAGUCAAAUCUCGCGGCUCUGGCGCAGGGCAUUGCUGUUGCCUCUCUUCCGAAGACUUUUCAAGACGCAAUUGAUGUGACAAAGAAAUUCGGCCAUCGGUACAUAUGGAUCGAUUCGCUGUGUAUCGUUCAAGAUGACCCCGAGGAUUGGCGUGUCGAGUCCAGCCAGAUGCGUAAUGUGUAUCAAAAUGCGACAUUUUGCAUCGCUGCCACAGCAGCGUCGGAUGGAAAUGCUGGUCUUUUCUUUGACCGAGACGCUGCGUCCCUGAUGUCAAUAAAGAUCGACUUCGAAUGGACUGGAGCUGAAUGGCCAUCUGCAGGCACAUACUCCUGUAGCUUUGCUUGGCCAGACGCAUACACGCACAUCGAUUGCGCGCCUUUGAACCAACGAGGCUGGGUAGCUCAGGAGCGUUAUCUUUCGCCUCGUAUUCUACACUUCGCGCAAAAGCUCGUCUUCUGGGAAUGUCGAGACACCAUCACAUGCGAGACCCAUCCAAAAGGGCUUCCAGGGUGGAUCCAAUCCGGCAAUCUCGAGGACGAUUUGUUCUCACUCAAGAGAAUUGUGAAUGACCUCAGCCAGACCUUAGACGAUGGCGCUGCUUCACAACGAGAUUCGGCUAAUGAGAUAUACUGGUGCUGGUGCAAAUUUCUUGCUUUGUACACAUCCUUUCGCCUGACGAAAGAAUCUGACAUCCUCGUAGCAUUACAAGGCAUCGCGCAGGAUGUUGGCGAGAAGAUGCAGGACGAGAUGGUUGCCGGGUUGUGGAAAAAGCGCCUCGUGCAAGACAUGUGUUGGUCCAUUCGAUGUAAGCAAUCAUUUCCCAGGAGACCUGCGAUUUGGAGAGGGCCAUCCUGGAGCUGGGUUGCUUCUGCACAGCCAGUGCGGGCUAGCCGUUUAGGACUUAACGAUACUGGAGAGUCGCAUCUUCUGAGCGAAAUAGCGGACAUUCACGUUGCAACAUAUGCAUCGGGGAAUUUGGCACGGGCUAUCAUCGUGCUGAAAUGUCGCAUUCUCGAAUACACCUCUCUUGAAGUGCAAGCAAUUCUGGACGAUCUGGAUCAUGGUGAAGUGCGCGAAUGGUACCUGAUCUUCCUGCGUCAUCACUCGCACACGAGGAGCUCAGAGAUCGAAGGUCUUGUAGUCAAACUCGUUGGCGAAGGGUGUUAUCAACGCGUCGGCUAUUUCCGUUCUGAGGAGGGCUUGGCUCCUUCUGCACUAGAGUUGUACCAUGCGCAAGGAGAGCGUAUAAUUCAACUUUGGUAG